AUGUCGCAACAAGCACUUUUCGCCGACACGAUAAUAGCCAUGAAAAAGGCAAUGAAGCGGAGAGCAUACGAGUCAGAAGAUUCAGACGACGAUGUCGACUACCGUGGAAACCGCGGUCAGAAGCUCAACAAGCGAGCCAGAUUUGCGCGUGAAGGGCAAUUGGCACCGGCUUCGGGCCCCGAAGUCUAUAAAGAGGCAUUGCUACAGUACAUCGAGCAUGCUGGCUAUGUACGGGGCAUCAUUAGUCGAAACCCACCUUUGGUAGACGAUGAGGGUUACGAACCAGAGAGCGACGACGAAGACUACGAACAGCGAAUGCAAGAUAUUGUCGAAACUGCAGCCGAGUUCAACCCUUACGCGAACGUGCGCUUGGAGAGCAUCCUCGCACCACUGACAUCUGUGACCGACCUGCCUUCGCACCCUACUCUCGCCCGCCCUUAUACGUCCAAAACAUUGACCGACCUCACGCUUCAAGCUCGCGAUACCAUGUACAAGGAGAAUGAAGCGCUGUGGAAUAUCAAGCACCUCCACACAAAGCUGGUCGGUGACCAUAUCUGGAUCCCGACUGAAAUGAUGGAGACACCAAACGACCUCCACUACUUUCAAGAACCCCACGCUGCAAGUACUCCUGGCUCUGGACAGCCUACCAUCAAGCCAGAUACGACCAGGCUGCUCUUGGGAGCCGAUGCAACUGCCAACAACGCGAAUGACUCUCCAUCGGCCAAUGGUGCAGGGUCCAGCAUAACCCGUGAAGAUGGUGAACAGGCCAAAGAAACAACUGGAGAUGGCGACACCUCAAUGAUCGAUGCCGAUGAAACAAUAGACGAAGACACUACCGCAGAAUCGAAUCGGCAGAAUGAUAAAGUGUCAAGCGGAGCGACCGAGUCUAACGGGGAUCCAACUGCUAAUGGGACGCAACACGGGCAUGACAAGUUAGCUGCAGGCAAAGCACAGCCAACAAUAAAUGGUGCUACAACAGCAGGGGAACAAAACGGCGGGAGAGCACAGGCGCAACCGUUCCCAAAAGCGCUCAAUGGUCAUGAAGUCAACCUCCCAGGAAGCGCGCCAAUGUCGAUAGCUUCUUUGGAAGCUCUCGAUGAAAUGUUUAUCCAUCCGAUCUUCCUAGCACCCAAAUCAGCACAACCGAACCGAGACUUGGGUAUCCCAGAGGCGGAAGCUGAGGAUUUGAGGCGGUUGCUCCAAGCUUACGUCCAGAAGCAAGAAGAAGUAUGUCGAGGCACAAAAAGGCUCCAUGAAGGCCUGCUGCGUGCAGAGAGGCUGCGAAGAACUGUCUUGCAAUGGUCCAAGUACGAGGCACAUUGCGGACCGAACCGAGACAUGUCGGAUGGAGAAGACUGGUACGAUAAGGAAGAAUGGGGCCUCGAAGAAGAUCUAAAGAAGGGUCAAGACGAGGAGGAGGAAGACACGACGACACAGCAGCCAAAGAAGACCAGAGCAAGGAAAUAG